AUGACACAGCAGUGGUUCCCGCUCAUGGCAGUUACCCCAGACUACCUCCACUGCAUCACGGAGGAGCGCUUUCGGACUAACGUCUACGAACCGGAGGCGGACACAUUUCUGUUGCUGGAGGCGCUUGACAAGGAUGCUCAUCUUCUCCGCGCGCUGCAACCUCGGCGCUGUGUAGAAAUUGGCUGCGGGUCGGGCACUGUCAUUUCGCAUUUGAUGCUCCUUCUCUUGGGAGCUACGGAGGGUGGUAACUUAGGUAGUGGCAGUGCUGAGAAGUCAACAGCAGAGUUUCACGCUGUUGAUGUGAACCCAGUUGCUCUCGAGGCAACGAGUAUUACUUGGCACAAUACGCAAAAACGCAUUAUUGGAGGAGACACAAUCUUGCCACUUCACCUUCACCGAGGUGAUUUGUUCAGUCCUUUUGAACAUGAAGCGAGUGACAUUACAGAAUACACAAAGGAGGAAAAGGAGGAGUUCACAUUCGAUGUGAUACUCUUCAAUCCUCCGUACGUCCCAACGACAAUGGAGGAACUUCAGAGCGCGGAAGCUGGGAAGGAUCUCAUAACGGCGGCAUGGUGUGGGGGACCUCGGGGCCGCGUGGUGGUUGAUCGCUUUAUUUCGAAACUUCCAUCUUUUCUAUCUAGCCGUGGAGUUUGCUAUAUUGUCGCCAUACGCGAAAAUGAUGUUGAGGAGUUGAUGGAGGUGAUUCGAGGUACGUUCCCUAAUGAUAGGUGUUAUCCCGUGAAUGUUACUGUAACGGCGGAGCGCUACACGGGGGAGCAUCUGAGGGUGAUUCGUGUCUCACAUGACCAGCAAUCUGCCAAGUAG